UUUAACAAACCCAAAAUCCUUCAUCAUCCACCGGUCUAUCUUCAUCAUUCUAACCCAGGAAAAUCAAGUCCAGAACCGUCCACUCAAAUCCUUUCUUCUUCCCCUCUUUUAUCAUCAACCCAGGAAAAUUAAAAACCCAUAUAUGCAUUAGAAAUCCAACCUUUUAAUCCAUAUGGGCCAAUUACCACCGUCCCAGGAAAAUUAAAAACUCAACCUUUCAAUCCAUAACAUGAGUUCAUAGAAAGUCCUAAACCAUCAGAUCCAAUUUGUGAAAGCAAACACUGAAAUUCAACACACGCCAGACACCAGAAAGCAAGAACUUGUGAAAGAAACAGGUGGAGAAGAGAAAAGAGGGGAAGAAGAAAGGGUUUGAGAUUCAAAAAACCUAGAAGCAAAAGAGAAAGGGAAAAAAUCCAAAUCUGAAUCAUUGAACCCAGAUCCGGAUCCAUUGAAUCUUUGACCCACAUGAUCGAGAUCCAGAUCGGAAUCAUCAUCAACCCAUUCAUCUCCCACUCCCCCCUCCAUCAAAGGAACAAAUCGAAAACCCAGAUCAGAAUCAUCAUCAACCCAUUCAUCUACAGCGAUAGUGCGACGCGAAGAUGGAGGUUUGAACUUGUUUGGCAGCGGUGCUGGUUCGCGGGAGAUCGUGUGGUGGUUGGGUGCUCCGUGAUGGUGGCUCCAUGAAGACUCAGAGGUUGGUGAUGGAUGAUGUGUGCGGAGGAAGGAAGGAAAGGGGAGUUGGGUUUGGGGCCCCCCUAUGGGGCUCCCCGCCCCACUUAAAGUGGGGAAAUUACUGGAACGCCCCCCUUUAAUAGAAUACGGAAGCAACAUUUCCGUAUUCAAUACGGAAGUCUUAUAUCCGUAUUAUAUUAGUAUGUAAACCGGCAAGGGUUUAUUCAAACCCAUUUCAAACUUCAUUCCGUAUUUUGCCAAGCUCUUCUCCCCUCUUCAACCUUCGAUCUCUGUCGCUCCCCUUGCUUGAACCGUGUACUUGAAAGGUUCCAUCAUCUCCAUCAAAGCUCUUCACAACCCCAUUCUCAGAAUUGAAACCUAGAGUGAGAAUGAAGAACAGAAAGAGGUCUCAUGCUUCUAGUGAGGAUGUCGGGGCUACUGAGGAUAGACACCGGCGGUUACAUGCUUCUAGCCGGCGCGGCGAUCAUGCUGCAACCUCUCAGGCGGUGGAGGCUUCAGCUCCAGUUGUUUCUCCGCCGUCUCCCAUGAUUGAGGUUCCUCUGGUUGAUUAUCCGCCGUCUCCCACGGUUGAGAUACCUACAGUUGUUUCUCCGCCCUCUCCCAUGGUUGAGUCAUCAGGCGAGGAGUCCUCAGGCGAGGAGUCCUCAGGCGAGGAGUCCUCAGGCGAGGAGUCUUCCGGCGAGGAGUCAUCAGGCGAGGCCUCAUCCGGCAUGGGAGGAUCUGACGAGGAUAGUAUUCCUCUGCCUACUGUUGAUGCUGAUGUCCUGCCGCCAGAGCAGGGGGAGCAGGGGGCACAGGGUGGCGAGGAGGACCUGAUCCAGAGGUUGCCGCCGUUUCCGGGGGGGCCUGUUGAGCUAUCGCUCCUCACCCAUUAUGCUGAUCACAAGGCUCCCUGGGCGUGGCAUGCACUCCUACGCACAGACGAGCGGUAUGUGGACCGUCGACAGUUGAAGGUGGCCACAGCUGGGGGGAAGGUUUGGAACCUUGCUUGUGAUGGUGAUUCAGACAGUCACAGGCGGGUUCGAGAGUUGAUUGAGCAGACGGGUCUUCAUCAGCUACCCUAUUGCAGCUACCCGGUGACAGAUGCAGGCCUUAUUUUGGCCCUUGUGGAGCGAUGGCUUGAGGAGACUAGUAGCUUCCACAUGCCGUUCGGGGAGAUGACUAUCACCUUGGACGACGUGUCGGCUCUUCUCCAUCUCCCCAUGGGGUCGAGGUUCUAUACGCCUGGGAGGGGGGAGAGGGACGAGUGUGCAGCGCUCUGUGCUCAGUUGAUGGGAGGAUCUGUUGGUAUUUAUGAGGCUGAGUUUGAUACGAAUAGGUCCCAGACUAUUCGCUUUGGGGUCUUGCAGACCCGGUAUGAGGCUGCGUUGGCGGAGCACCGAUAUGAGGACGCUGCACGGAUUUGGCUGGUGAACCAGCUAGGCGCCACGCUCUUUGCUAGCAAGAGCGGAGGCUACCAUACGACCGUCUACUGGAUAGGGAUGUUGGAGGAUCUUGGUCGAGUGUGCGAGUACGCGUGGGGCGCGAUUGCGCUCGCUACGCUAUACGACCAGCUUAGUCGAGCGUCCAGGAGGGGGACGACCCAGAUGGGAGGUUUUAGCUCGCUCCUGCUAGGAUGGGUCUACGAGUACCUUUCUGACCGCGUCAUUAUCCGUAGGGCGGAUCCGGAGUACUCGCAGGACCAGCCUAGGGCGCGGCGGUGGGCUAUGUCCCGGGUCGGGCAUGCAGGCCUUGAUGAGAGGCGAGUCAUGCUCGAUGAGCUGACGGUGGAUGACGUUAUAUGGACCCCAUUUGAGGACCAUCGGGCUCAUCGACCACGGGAUCCGAGGGCCAUGUAUUCUGGCUACAUCCGGUCGCCAUUUGGCCGUGUUGUUCGACGGCAUCUACCAGAGAGGGUUCUGCGCCAGUUUGGCUUCAUACAGGAUGUCCCUCGACACCCCUCUGAGAUCCAGACGUCUGGGUCCCUUGCUGAGACCGCAGAUGCUGCCUUUGCUGAGUUUGCGCCGCACCUCCGCCCUCAGGGGAUCCCCGCUACAUAUCCGGGAGAGGCUGUGGAGGAUUACAUGAGGUGGUACAGCGCUGUGUCCCAUCGGUUCAUCAUCCCUGAUGAUAGGAGGGAGGAGUUCAGUGCAGUGACUGUUAUGCGUCGGGCCGUGGACUUGUUGGAGCAGUCACUCGAGGUGCCAGAUGCUCCUGCAGAGGGCACGCAUUCCCGAUCCCUCACUGAGAGGGCGCUGGAUCUUAUUAGAUCCAAUGCCUUCAUUGGUACCCAAGGGGUAGCCUUUGCUGCUGUCCGAGGAGCUAGAGCUGCAGGAGGCAGAGGUCGUGGAGACAGAGCGCGUGGAGGCAGAGGCCGUGGAGGCAGAGCCCGUGGAGAGGGUGCUCCUGCAGAGGGUGCUCCUGCAGAGGGUGCGCGUGGAGGCAGAGGCCGUGGAUGCAGAGCCCGUGGACCUAGAGGUCGUAGAGGGGCCGGUAGGGGUCGGGGCGAGUGAUUGACUGUAUAUUUGUAUAUUUUUUUUGUAUUUUUAUAUUAUGACAUGUGACUCUUUGUAUUAGGACUCUCUUUAUAUUAAUCAUGCUUUCUAUUUUCACUCAUUAUAUGCCGACUCUUGUAUUGAAAAA